AUGGUGAGAGGGAAGACACAGAUGAGGCGUAUAGAGAACACGACAAGCAGGCAUGCGACUUUCUCCAAGAGGCGAAAUGGGUUGCUGAAGAAGGCCUUUGAGCUUUCUGUUCUUUGUGAUUCUGAGGUUGCCCUCAUCAUUUUAUCUCCCAAAGGCACGCUGUGUGAAUUUGCUAGUCUGAGGUAUGAAUCAAUGUUUUUAUAA